AUGUCUGACAACGACACAGCAUACUGGAGGGCAGUGAUUGACCCCUACAGGCAGGGGAGCGAGGCGCGCGCGAAGCUCCUCAGUCGCACUGAUACGGUGAAAGGGGUGACGGAGAGGUUCUCCGAUAUCAGUCAUGUCGUUGCCAAUCAGGCGAAGGAGGAGAGGACAGACUUCCUGGGCGGGCUAUCAAGGACCGCUCGCAUCAGUCGUGAGCUUUGCCAAGUGCCGAAGGAUGAAAGGCGGGCAUACAUCGACAGUCUGGACGCAGAGCACAAGCAAUUGCCGCAAGGAUCCGAAAAAUGGAAGGAGGAAAGACUGCAAAUGCACAUGUGGCUGGCUCAUGCCGAUGAAGCAACGGGGUACUUGACCGCGCACAAAGUCCCGAUACAUGCGGAGUGGCAAAAUGAGCACUGGAGAGUGAAUUCCGAGGAGGAGACAGCCUACACCGCUCUGCUCAAAGAACAAGCCGAGCAGGAAGUCGAGGAUGAUCGGGACCCUGAAAAGGCGAAGGAGGCGAAAGCAAGACUCAAGAAGCUGAAGAAGGCGAACGCAAGACUGCGAACGCUCGCGACGAGGAUGGAGAUUGCGCACACAUUGUACACAUUCGUUCGAGCAGGGCUGGGGAUGGGCGGAGAUGGAACUCACAAGCCGUGGGAGCUGGACUCCACAUGGUGCGAUACGCCGCGCAAGAUUUCCGCCAUUCCCGAUCUCAAGAAGGAGAGGAAAGAAGAGCUUCUGGAACUGAGAUUACGCGCUACGUCUGGAUCGGGCGGGUCUGGCACCGGAGCAGACACUGGCACGGAGGUCACUGUGUAUCUUCAUGGUGAUCUACCCGAGGCACGCCUGAUGUCGGAUCAUUCCAUGUACGCCAUGCAUGAGGACAACGAUCCGCUUCCGAGCGAGGCCAUGGACGAGGACGGACGGAAGGAGACGCGCACUUUCUACGAGACGCAAUUGAGAGAUCUGCAGGCUACCGUCGGACAAUCUGCGGCGAAGGCGGACAAAGACUCGAUACUGGACGCUCAAGCAAGUGUCUGUGUCUGCCUGAUGACGGAAGCCGAUGUCCUGAUCAACUCCUGGCAGAACAAGUUUGCCGAGCACCUGAGGCCGGGUGAGACUCGUGCCAAAUUCGGAGCCAACUCGGACGGGACCCGCAGCGAAAAGGACGCAAUCGACAUGUGGAGGUUCAAACGAGCCAUCAGGGAUGCGGAAGUGGCUUGCAUGAUCUACAAGGGAAGCGAGCUGAUACGUUCGGACCCGGGGAGUGGCGCACAGUGUGACACGUGUGACGCAGGCGACAGAUGCGCUGAGCAUUGGUGGAGACGACCUACGGCUCCCGGUAUGAGCAGAUACCUCAAGGACCAGGGAGCACCCAGGAUUGCACCUCGCGCCGCCGGGCGAUGUCUCUCCAGCGGGCUCACGCAGCAGCUAUGA